AUGCGACGGCCUGACUUAAGCGUCUGCCAUGGAGCCGCAGAAGGAGGAGCGAGCACUCCGGGACCCUGCGCGGCCGCCCGGGGCCUCAAGGUUUCGGACCCCGAACGAAGAGCAGCGGGAAGGCGGCGCAGCGCCGGAGGCAGCUGCCCUAGGCGCAGAGUUAGACGACGCUAGUGCGGACGGGCUGUGGGAGUUGCCAGUGGAGCCGGCUGAGCGGAGGCCCGAGUGCAGCCGCUGCAGCCGGCCUCAGAAAGUGUGUUUGUGUCCAUUUUUACCAGUGCACCCUCUGCAUAUCUCUACCUACUUGUACAUAAUUCAGCAUCCAGCAGAGGAAAACAAAGUGUUGCGGACAGUUCCUCUACUAGCAGCAUGCCUCCCCCAGGACAAGUGUAAAGUAAAGAUUGGUCGUCGCUUCAGUGAAGAAAGAGAUCCUGAACUUUCAACUGUUUGCCGGAAGUCUGGAACAUUAAUAUUAUAUCCAGGGGCUGAAGCUGCUAAUUUGGAAGAAUUUAUAUUAGAUUCUCCUGUUUAUCCUUCCACAAUCAUCAUCAUUGAUGGUACAUGGAGCCAGGCUAAGGACAUUUUCCAUAAGAAUUCCUUGUUCCGACUACCCAAACAGGUAAACUAGUAUUUUGACAGAAAGUAA